CAGUUUGCUCGUAGUCGUGAACACGAGAAGGUUGAAUAAUUUGCGGUUCCCUGUUUUUUUAAAAUUCCCUCUGCCGCCGUCUCCUCCUUCCCCCCGCCCCUUAACUCUCAAAAAUCCAGCAGCCAGUCAGUCAGUCAGUGUUAAAUUAUAACCCUUCGUGUACGACUUGCAGUGUUAAAAAAAAAAAAACAACAAAAAAAAGAGGAUCUCGGAAUUUCCAAAAACAAUGUCGAUGGCAUUAUAUUGAAAUUUUGAGACUCGAGGGAGGAGAUUAAUCUGAUUUUGUAUUUUCACCAAGGAAUCUGCCGAGUUACACUCGAGGAUCAUGAAAAUGGUGUUGUCUCAACGUCAGAGGGAGGAGUUAAAUAAGGCGAUAGCGGAUUAUUUGAGCGCGAAUGGAUAUCAAGAUGCAUUGGAGGCAUUCAAAAAGGAGGCUGAUAUGCCUGGUGAAGUCGAAAGAAAAUACGGCGGUCUCCUUGAAAAGAAAUGGACCUCGGUUAUUAGAUUACAAAAAAAGGUAAUGGAAUUAGAGUCAAAAUUAUCAGAGGCUGAAAAAGAAUUCAUUGAAGGUGCUCCAACACGUGGCAAAAGAUCAUCAUCCGAAUGGAUUCCAAGGCCGCCUGAAAAAUUUUGCCUCACAGGACAUAGAGCGACAAUUAAUCGAGUUAUAUUUCAUCCUGUUUUUAGCCUGAUUGUAUCUGCGAGCGAAGACGCAACAAUUAAGGUUUGGGACUUUGAAAGCGGAGAAUUUGAAAGAACAUUAAAAGGACAUACGGAUAGUGUACAGGAUAUUGCUUUUGAUACAACAGGCAAAUUACUUGUCUCAUGCAGUUCGGAUAUGUCGAUUAAGCUAUGGGAUUUUCAUCAAUCAUUCUCGUGUAUUAAAACAAUGCACGGCCACGAUCAUAAUGUAACGAGUGUGACAUUUGUGCCGCAGGGAGAUUUUAUUGUUAGCGCAUCGCGCGAUAAAACAAUUAAAAUUUGGGAAGUUGCAACUGGUUAUUGUGUAAAAACAAUGACUGGUCAUCGUGAAUGGGUGAGAAUGGCACGAAUAAGUCCGUGCGGUGAAUUAAUUGCAAGUUGUUCAAAUGAUCAAACUGUUAGGAUUUGGUCGGUCGCUACUAAGGAGACAAAGGCCGAGCUCAGGGAUCAUGAUCAUGUGGUUGAAUGUAUUGCAUGGGCGCCAGAAUGUGCCCGAGCACCAAUAAAUGCGGCCGCUGGCGCUGAUAAUAAAGGUGCACACGAGGGUCCAUUUCUUGCAUCAGGCUCACGCGAUAAAACAAUUCGCAUAUGGGAUGUUGGCGCUUGUGUUUGUUUAUUUACAUUAAUUGGCCAUGACAAUUGGGUGCGUAGCAUUGUUUUUCAUCCUGGUGGCAAAUUUAUUGUCAGUGCAUCGGAUGAUAAAACGUUACGAGUUUGGGAUAUACGCAAUAAACGAGCAAUGAAGACACUUGAGGCGCACGUUCAUUUUUGCACUUCUGUCGAUUUUCACAGAAGUCAUCCGUACGUUGUCACAGGUAGUGUGGAUCAAACGAUAAAAAUUUGGGAGUGUCGCUAGUCACCGGAUUUUCGAUAUAUAAAUAUAUAUAUAUUUAUAUAUAUAUAUAUAUAAAUUUCAAUCGAAAGCCAACCCCCCCCCUCUCUGCCCCCACCCCCUUCAUUGCCCUUCCCAUCAAUUUUUUUUUCCCUCCCUCCCUCACGCAUAUAAUAUACACAUAAAUACAACACGAAAAAAAGAAAUUAAUUUUUUUUUUUUUUUUUUUUCGAAAUUCGCGAUUAAUUAUUAACGCGAAUAUUUGUGUGAACAUUUGUUUUUGAUUUGAAAACAAUUUCCGAAAAAUUAAUUUUGAAGAAAAGAAAAGAAAAAAAAGAAAGUGAUGAAAAAAAUUUACUUAUGAUAUUUCGAAAAAAAUACAGCCGAACGAGAGUACAGCUACUAGAAGAAGAAGAAGAAAAAAAAAAAAAAAAAAGGUAUCGUACAUUAUUAAAAAGAAAAAAAAAAUAUAUAUAUAUAAUUAUUAUAAUUAUUAUACACACCUAUUACACGUACGGUUUAAGAGCUCUUUAAUUAAUUUAUAAUAAAGUAUAAUUAGUAAUUAAUAUUAUACAUAUAUAAAUAUAAUAGCGAGAAAGAGAGCGAGAGAGAGAGAGAGAGAGAAAAAAAAGUGUGUGUCUGUGAGAGAGAGAAAGAAAGAAAGAAAGAAGGAAAGAGAGACAGAAAAGAAAGUAACCGAAAAAUUAUCGUUUCCGUUCGCAUAAAUUUUCUAAUAAAAAAAAAAAUCAAUUAUUA